GGCAAACUGUUCCAUAAAAAGAAAAACUGAAACUGUAAACGCCGCGUCUUGAUAGAAAUGUACGUUCAUCCCAUUUCAUACUUACCACUAAUACACACAGAAAUGGCUCGAAGUUUUGAUAAUUCCCACCUUUAAAAGUCAUACAGCGGCACGCUACCGCUGUCUAAGUAAUUAAUUAUUACUGAAGCAGUUUCAUUAGGUAUACUAUUUCAUUUCUAUUUUAAUCAAACCAGCCGGGGGAGGGGGGAAUUCCGAUAUGGAAAGGUCGGGGAUGGUCGUCAGAGAAAUUGAAUUAAACCCCUAAAGGAGAACAAUUUAGACGUAGCCUAAGUUCUAUUUGACCUCUAAAAGAUACCAGUUAAAACGGAAUAGGUCCGAUGACCAGCCUCUGCUCAGGAAUGGAACCCCGCGCUAGUAGAUGGGACUCGAGAGACCGACGGAAAUCGAGCCUGGUAUAAACGGUAAUAAGCGCCCCGACCUCGUCAUAUGGGUGUCACCCCGGGAAAACAAGUAUCUAUACAGACGAAAUAAGGUACAAAAAUGCUUCCCACGUAAUGUUAGAACCUAAUUACGUGUCACGUUGUUUUACAGGUCGUUUUGGAACUGGAGUUUCCUCGUUCUUUGUUUUCCUUAAGUCACUGCUCUUCCUUAAUAUUACGACCUUUAUUUUGGAGUUUGGACUGGUUACACUACCAUCAGUUAUCAUCGAGAACAACAUCACUUCUGGUGCUAACACAAACUCCUGCUAUUAUGACGAGCUGCACACUCAGAAUAAAACAAGUUUCAUGACUUUAACACAGCAGGCUGCAGACUUCAUUUCAGGGAAGGGCUGGAUUAACAGAACUGUUAUGUUUUAUGCUGGGUAUCCUGCCUCCAUGUUAAUAUCAGACGCUGGUGUCACGUACAACCUUCCAUUAGCUUACCUGCUGGUUGGUUGCUCGUAUUUUGUUUGCAGUCUUUUUAUGGUGGUCAGAAGUUUAGGAACGAGUCUCCGAGAAAGCUACGUAGAAAGCGGCGGAACAUCCACGUCUUGCAGUAACAGUAUUUUUGCUGCCUGGGAUUUCUGCAUUACACAUGAAAACACUGCCAAAGCAAAAAUUCAGACCAUUGGACAGAACUUCAGGGCACAAUUUGCAGAAGAGGAACGACGGAUCAAAGUAGAAAGUCGAACAACACCGGCAAAGUGCGGACUUUACACUUUGAGAACUUUGUCCACUCUGCUGGUAUUGGCGCUGUUAGGAGGUGCUAUUUAUGCCAUUGUUUUUGCCGUUGCAAUCUCUACAGACCCUGUAAAACAAUGUAUGACUGAAAAUGUUUUCGUUAUUCAGGUAUACAAGCGGAAAGCGAGCGAAGCAUUUGAAGGAGGAGAAAAACUGUUACUUUUUGGACCCUCCUUGGUAAUCACUGUUCUCAACUUGGUAUUUCCUUUCAUCUUCGACUUUUUAUCGCGAUUUGAAGACUGGAGCCCAGGCUUCGAAGUCAACAUCACCUUGUUUAGGACUGUCCUGUUAAGGCUGGCAUCAUUAGGUGUGCUGAUGAUAAAGAUCUAUUCAAAAGUCGAUGAAGCAUGCGAGGACAACCCACAGACAUGCUGCCAGCAGAACUGGGAGAACGAAAUCGCUUCUCAGAUGUACAUGUUGAUAUGGCUUGACUUUUUCUCGCAUAUCUUUUCAUCCCUUAUGGUCACUUCAAUCAGGAAACUGUUGUAUAAAUACACAGAGUGUUUCAAAAAAGUUGGCUUGCCUGUCUUUGACAUUCCAAAGCAGGUUUUACGACUGGUGUACGGUGAAUGUCUAAUCUGGAUUGGAACCUUCUUUAGCCCUGUCAUGCCAGCGAUGGGGGUUGUGAAGCUCUUUAUUAUAUUCUACGUUGAGCUGCUUGCAGUGCUGUUAAACUACCGGCCCUCGCAGAAGGCGUACAGAGCAACUCGUUCCAACCACUUGUUCACUGUUUUACUUCUUAUUUCAUUCUUCUUGUGCCUUGGUACUGUCGGCUGGGGCAUCGCAGGGUAAGCUAUACAAACCGUUAGCUUUAUAGGUUACUACAGAUUACCAUAAAAUAUAAAACAUUUCCUGUACUCAAAGCGCAGUAUAUAUCUAUGGUUGUCAAUUAUACUUAUUCAUUAAAGCCUAGCGCAUGAAGAAAUACUUUUUAUCUUAAGAAAUUCUUUUUACUCUCUGUGCAACUGUAUUCUACUGAGGUCAUCCAUUAGAACAGCUUUGCUUUCUGGACGAUCCUAACUCGCUCACAGUUGAGACGUUAUUAUAUUUAGUCUGUAUUUGUAAAAUGCUGAUUUAUCUAAGGUGUAAUCUGUGUACUCCAUAGUUAGCUGAACUGCGCGCAGUUCAGCUAACUACGGAAGUCCAAUGUUCUCUUUUUGUCUCGUGUUAUCGACUUUUG